GGGCCCAAAGCCCGGGGCGCCCGCUACGUGUAAGAGCGGGGGAGCCGGGCCGGGCCGGAGCAAAGGGGCUUCCGCUCCCGCGCAAAGCUCACCUUGGAGACGAUGAGGGGCUCGCCGUGCUCCAGCCCCCCCUUGAGGGUGAAGCCCCAGGGCGCGCCGCCGGCCAGCUGCACGUGCACGUACUGGAAGGAGACCAGCAGCCGGCUGGCCAGGGGCGCCUCUUGCGGCGGCGGCGGCGGCUGCUCGGGCUCGGGACGCUGCGCCUCCCCCGACGGCCGCUCCAUGGCACCAUUCCGUAGGGCAGACACGCGGCGGCGGCGGCGGCGGCGGCCGGCCCCAGAGGAGGAGCCCUCAGCGGCGGCAGCCAACGAAAGUGCCGGCCGGGCCGCGGCGCGGGCUCCUCGGCAUCGGUGGGACGUGUCUGGCUGCUCCAGGGGCGGGACGGAACAGACGGAGGCGCCCGCGCGGGGCGUGUCGUGGGUGGGCCGGCGCGCAAGGGCCGAGAAGCGGACGCGGCCGGCCUGGAGAGUGGAUUGGUUGGCCAGCCCCUCGCGCGCGCACAGGCGCCCCUCGUCGUCGUCCUCCUCCUCCUCCCGCUCGGAAACUCGGUCUUCCCGCGGAUUAGCGCCCCCUCCCUUCACACGCUUCAGCUGAGUUUGUACACAGGGCGCCCGGAGGGCGGGGCUGUCAGGGACAAACUCUCUCGCCCGUGCCCACGAUUCGGAGUGUGGGAGCCCUCAUCCGCCGCGGCACGAGAGGGCAACCCCGAUUCGUAGCCUUCCUUCCACUCACAGAAUUCAGGAAGCAGAAACGGAGUUGGGAUUGUUUCUAAUCCCACCUCCAGUGGUUCUAAUCCGUGACAGAUACUCCUCCGGAUUAACAAUGCGAGGCAAACGGGAGGCGUUUUGCCAUGCACCCUGGGCUGUGGAAAUGGCCACGAGAUGGAAGCGAAGCAGUUGCAAUCGAGCAAGGGAGGUGGAGCUCGAGGCUCCUAGCUGGCUGAGGCUUCCCUGACCAAUGACACUCUACACAUGCUCAGAUGUCUUAUAGCACAACCCUAAGCAUAUUUCCUUGGAAGUAAAUCCCAGGGCGUCCCACGAGGCUGACUCUCUUGCUGGUGCGUGCAGGGAUUGUGAACUUUUCUGCCUUUGUUCCCUCCAUUUCCCAGAGAACAUAGAGUUGUUGCUGAAUCCUGCCUGCAGCAGACCUGGAAGAUUCAGGACAGAAGAAAAGAAUUUAUUUAUGCAGCCCAAGACCUUGCCGGGCCUCUGCACAUGGGCAGAAGUCCAGGAAGGGAGCAGGUGAGGUUCCACUCGCCACUUUGGCAGGGCACUUCAGACGACCAACUCGCCAAGCAGCUAGGUCAGGGUUCGCCGGCUGAGGAGGACGGGAUUAGCGGCCCACAACAUCUGAAGGGCAGCAGGUUGGCGAAGGCUGGUCGAGGCACCUGGCGAGGGGAGCUAUCACUGGGCGAACACUCACCUGCCGAGCAUUUCUCAGGUCCUUGGCUGGUCUGGAACCUCGACUACCACCUAGAAGUCCAGCCACAAGCAGAGCACUUGGUGAGAGCCACGGUGGUCUAUUCCCAGAUUCUCUCUUCCCCUCUUGGCCAGUUUGUGUGCAGAGCUGAGCUGCUCUCUGGCGGAAGCACCACCCCUCAGGUCAGCAUCACCCUUGCUGCUCCCUCCCAUGCCUACAAGAGGGAUGCAGUCACCGCUUCUGCCAAAGAAAGCUGGGUGGAAAUGGACCUCUCUUCCCACGUCCAGGCCAGGGCCAGCCAGAAGAGCCUCGUGCUCCGUGUGAGCCACGCCUGUGCCUUCCUGGGGCAGCCUGGGGGCUCCUUGGCACCUGGCUCUGGCGGGGAGGACACCGUGUCCCUGAGUGACCCCUUCUUGCUGCUGUUCCUCAACGACACCCGACGAGGCCUGCGGGGCAGACUGGGGCUCCCAGCGUCAGAGUACUUUCCCUUGCAUGAGAUGCCACCCAGGAGUCACGUCCACCUUCGCCGGGCUCGCCAGGCAGGCAGGCUGGCCCUGGACCUCCCUAGCUAUCGCCGCGCAGACAGUAUCAAGCAGACCGAGUGUGCCCUCCAUCCCUUCCGCGUGAGCUUCAGCCAGCUGGGCUGGGACCACUGGAUCAUUGCCCCCCAUUGGUACCGGCCCCAGUACUGUAAGGGCAACUGUCCCCGUGUUCUGCAUGGUGCCUACAACUCCCCCAACCAUGCCAUUGUCCAGAACUUCAUCAAUGAGCUGGUGAAUCAGAGUGUCCCCCGCCCCUCCUGCGUCCCCUACGCCUACAGCCCCAUCAGUGUCCUCAUGAUGGAGCAGAACGGGAACAUCCUCUACAAGGUGUAUGAGGACAUGAUUGCCAAGUCCUGCACCUGCCGCUAGUGAAAUAACUCUCUCUCUCUCUCUCUCUCUCUCUCUCUCUCUCUCUCUCUCUCUCUCUCUGGGUUCCACAGGGAGACCCUCAUCCUCACCAUGGCUGGGGCAUCCCCAGGCCACAGUCCGCCUCCCCAUAUCUUCUGGCUAUGAUUCCUUGUGCUGUAGAACCGGUUUGCUCUGCUUUGCCUAAUGUUCAGCUUUUCAAGUUUGUAUUUUCUUACAGGUGCACCAAGAGAGGUUCCAGAUUUUAAUAAAACUUGGCUGCUUUUCAUCUCCCUUCCCAGUGACAUGAUAGACAUGCAACUUUUGCUGGGCUGUUUUACAGAAGGAUUUUUAUGCACCUGUUGGCAAGCUGUCCUCUUCAUUUUCUUUUCUAAAGGAAGAGGCUGUCCUGGGCGGAUCACUAAGAUGCCUUCAUCAUGCCAAACCCUGUGUGAGGGGUCUGAAGAAAGCAUAGCUUUGCCAUUGGAAGGGGGAUGCUAUGGGGUGGAUGUGGGCACCAGGCAGGGGGUGUUUGCCUUGCACCUUCUCUCUCUGGGCAUGUUUGGGGCCCCGCCGGGUAUCUUCCUUGAGCAACAGAUUCCUCUCACAGAACAAAUUGUGCCUUAUCUUUUUCUGGGAAGUUGUGUGUGCAGCAGCCGGGAGCAGCAAAGAGCUGUUUGCCUCGGGGGUCUUCUUGAGGUUGGGAUCCAGCCUUGUCUUUGGCCCAGGAGUUUGCCUGCUGCUUCUCAUCUGUCCCCAGGAGUGAGGAAUAAAAACCCCACCACAUGUCUGCAAACUCUGGACAGAGGAGUGGGGAGGAGUCCUGCUGCCUCUGGGGCGUUCGGUGGCGAUGUCCACUCCUCCCUGCCCCUUGGCCACCAGCAAGCCCUGCGGUGUCUCUCUGGGCGCUCUGAGCCCGCGUUCCUGUUCCUCCUCUUCCGGCCACUUCGCUCCAUGCUGUGCUCUUGCUUCCUCUUGGAUUGGCUGCCUUGUAUCCUCCUCUCACUGCGCAAAUAAAGCUACACUGAAAUGGUCACCGGCAAUGUUGGGAGAUGUUAACCAGUGGAAUGCUGAAGGAUUUUUUAAAAAAACAUGACUUUGGGGGGGGGGAGAUGUCUGGCAUGAGAGCCCCCCACCCCCACUUCCCAGUAUGGGGAGUUUUGUAAAAAGUCUUUUUCUGGGAAUAGAGGUUGGAGUGAAUGUUUUAAAGCUGAACUUGGGUUGGUGCCAGGGUGGAGAUGGGGCUGGCCAGAGGCCCCUUUGAGUGCUGCGUGAGGCCGCUUAGGAGGGCCGGCUACUUCUGCUAGCUUCAGAGGGCACCUGGCGUAGGGUUGCCCCUCAUGCGCUGAUCUCUUAUAGCUCCUGCUCCUCGAAGCACUGCUGGCUGAGAGUGGGGACCGAGGCUUCUCUCCAGCGCAGCCCCCUUUCCUUUCCCUCUGACCUGCACACUUUAAAGGCUGUGCCUGGAGACAGCUCUGGCAGUCGCCUUGCCUUGCACAUGGCGGUGGGCCACAGCACCUCCUUUGUCUCCCUCUGGGCCUGUCUUGUUUGGCCUUCAUCUUCCUUAGCAGGGCUGUAGCCUGCCCAGACCCGAAUGAAUUGCUUGCUAAUCAGCUGGGAUAGCUUCCUAUUUAUUGUCUGGUGUAUUUAAAUGAGAUCAUGUAAAUAAAUCUGGUUUCUUUUGCUAAA